AUGGACGACGCAAAGAAGAAAAAGAAGUCGCGCAAGUCCAAGAUCAAGGAUCGCUCUUCUCCCGUGCCUGUCACAAAUGGUCUGGCAUCCUCUCCCACUCGAGUCGACGAUUCUGCACAGGAGAAAAAGCGAAAGCGGGAUCCAGAACCCUUCCACAAGAAACAGAAGAAGCACAAGCACCAUUCAACUCAGAAUGGGGUGGAAAACGGCGAUUCCUCAGUCAACCCCGCAGAUAAUAAGCAGGCUGAAUCUAAAGACUCUGAGACGCCAGUAAAGGCCGCAAAACCCACGACAAAUGGCCUCGAGACUCCCUCUCUACCUGUCGCAUCGGUGGUUAAUGGCACCGAAACCACCACAAGCACAGGGAAACCGAGGAAACUCCGCGGGUCUCGCAUCGGCGGAAAAAGCAACAUGAAGGUCGGAUUCUUCGUCAAAGAAGAAGUCGCCAAGCUCGAGGCAUUCAAAGUCGCGUUCUGCAACACCCAUGGGUUUUCAGACCACAAGAAGUUUGAUGAAAUGAUCCAGCACUCCGAGCGGGACGGCGGCGACUGGCCGUGCCCAGCAGACGUGUGCACCAAAUCCGAGUUCUGGACCGAAAUUUACAACCUGGUCCCCGACCGCGACCGGCGAUCUCUGUACCGGUUCAUGCGCCGACACUUCCAGGAUUCAACCCAGAAACCACACGAAUGGACAGACGAACAAGACAAAGAGCUCGUCUCACUCAUGAGCCUACACAAAGGCAAAUGGGCAUAUGUUGCCAAGCUUCUCGGUCGCAGCGACGACGAUGUCACGCAGCGCUGGAAGAAUCAGCUGGAACAUCGGGGCAAGAUGAACCGAGGAAAAUGGGGCGAAGAAGAGCUGCGCUCCUUGCUCGAUGAAAUCCAGAAGGUCUGGGACCGUGUCUAUGCAUCGGACGGCGACGCUGCUGGAAAGGACAUGUAUGAGCUGGAAGAGAAACAUCUCCGUUGGGGCAUUAUCAGUGAUCAGCUGGGAAAUGUGCGAUCGCGCCAGCAGUGCGCAGACAAAUGGCGCAAGAUUCGAAGAUCUGUUGAGCAAAUGCGUGCUUGCGGCAACCCUGAUGCCGUAUACGACCCCAUCGAGGCCGUCAACAAGCGUACUCGAUGGGGUUCGGGAUCGGUCACCCCAAAGAGCACAUGGUUAGUUGGCGACGAUGAGGACGAUGAAGGAAGCAAAGGUGAUAACGGAACACCGGCACCCAUCAAUGGCCUUGGUAUCUCUGGGGAUGUUUCUCAAGUACCUAUUUCGGAGAAGAAGCCAUUGCCAGAGGCACCAGCUUCUCCACAGCCGACCACCGAGCAGGACUCCCAGGCUGACAACAACCCCGAGUUCAACUCAGCAGCCAAUUCCAGACCAAAUAGCCCCGAGGAACAACAACAACCUGCACCCGAAAAUGCAGUUGUGCCAGACGACGAGGCCAAGGCCGAACGAAAGGCUGCCAAAAAGGCCGAGAAGGAGAAAAGAAAGAAGGAGCGACGCGAGCAAAGUAAGGUCGACGCGCUUGUGGCAGAACUUGGAGAGAGUGCUCAGAAAGAAAAGAGCGAUAAGAAGGACGAUAAACCCCGCAAAUCCCUUAUCGAUACCAAUACAGCUGGAUCUGAAGCUGAAGCAACGCUCACCACCUCCACGCCCCUGAAGAAGAAGAAACGCAAGUCUACGGCUAUCAACGGCGUCGCACCCGACGAGCCCAAAUCCCCUGAGUCUCACAAAAAGAAGAAGAAGAAAUCCACCCAAGAAAUCGCCAAGUAA